GCCGCGGCGGCAGCGCCUUGUAGGGCGCGCGGAGCCCGCGGGUGCGGCGCGCGGGGCGCGCGGCCGCGCCGGCGCAGGUAUAUAGCGGCGCGCCGCGCGCCGCCGCCUACUGCCGCCGCGCCGACCGACACCCCCACCGACGCAGAGCGUGGUAUUUUGUCCAGUAAAAGCGAGUUCGUGAGCGACAGUCAACAUGUGCGACGAUGAUGCGGGCGCCCUCGUAGUGGACAAUGGAUCCGGCAUGUGCAAGGCCGGAUUCGCCGGUGACGACGCGCCGCGCGCCGUGUUCCCCUCCAUCGUGGGCCGCCCGCGCCACCAAGGCGUCAUGGUGGGCAUGGGGCAGAAGGACUCCUACGUAGGAGACGAGGCCCAGAGCAAGAGAGGUAUCCUCACCCUCAAGUACCCCAUCGAGCACGGCAUCAUCACUAACUGGGACGACAUGGAGAAGAUCUGGCACCACACCUUCUACAACGAGUUGCGCGUUGCGCCCGAGGAGCACCCUAUUCUGCUGACAGAGGCCCCGUUAAACCCCAAAGCCAACAGGGAGAAGAUGACACAGAUCAUGUUCGAGACCUUCAACUGCCCCGCGAUGUACGUCGCUAUCCAGGCCGUGCUCUCCCUAUACGCGUCCGGUCGUACCACCGGUAUCGUACUGGACUCCGGAGAUGGUGUCUCGCACACCGUUCCCAUUUACGAAGGUUUCGCCUUGCCUCACGCCAUACUCCGCUUGGAUUUGGCCGGUCGCGACUUGACCGACUACCUCAUGAAGAUCCUUACCGAGCGCGGCUAUUCCUUCACCACCACGGCCGAGCGAGAAAUCGUGCGCGACAUCAAGGAGAAGCUUUGCUAUGUGGCGCUAGACUUCGAGCAGGAAAUGCAAACGGCGGCGGCGUCGACGUCGCUGGAGAAGUCCUACGAACUUCCCGACGGUCAGGUCAUCACCAUCGGUAACGAGAGGUUCCGCUGCCCCGAGGCGCUGUUCCAGCCUUCCUUCUUGGGCAUGGAGUCGUGUGGCGUUCACGAGACCGUAUACAGCUCUAUCAUGAAGUGCGAUGUCGACAUCCGUAAGGACCUGUACGCCAACACCGUACUCUCAGGUGGCACCACCAUGUACCCCGGUAUCGCUGACAGGAUGCAGAAGGAGAUCACCGCGCUGGCUCCUUCAACCAUCAAGAUCAAGAUCAUUGCUCCCCCGGAGAGAAAGUACUCAGUAUGGAUCGGUGGGUCCAUCUUGGCGUCGCUGUCCACGUUCCAGGCGAUGUGGAUUUCGAAGCAGGAGUACGACGAGUCGGGCCCCGGCAUCGUGCACCGCAAGUGCUUCUAGACGCCGCCGCCGGCGCACCUUCCCCGCCGUCAACUUCGCUUUUACUCAAACUUUAUACUCGCUUCGGCGUCAAUGUAUUUAUUUUGUAUUCGCUGUCGGAGACUGCACGCUCUUGCGUUAUCGUGUAAGUGGGUUAAUUUAAGUUUACGUUGUUUAAUAUAACUUUUGUUACUGA